AAGCCCUGCCACUGUUGUUCCUGUGAAUCACACCUGUUAAAGCGAAGGCCUUCCCUCAAAUGGGCGUGUUCAGAACAGCAGAGUAGGCGGGGGCUGAGAUGAAGUCAACCUUAAGAUGAGUGAGAGCUUUAAUUCAGCAGCAGAAUGCAGCAGGAAGGUUUAGUGUUAAGUCCUCACUGGGACAAAUAUAGCCACGGCUCGAGGGGUUGUUAGCUGAUCCAGGAACUGUCCACGGCACAUGUAGAGACUCUCAGACAGUCAGUGGGUGACUCACAGCUUGACCACAAGCAGUGAAUUGGUUCAGUUGCUGAAGCUGCUCGGCAAUGUGUAGCUUUAGAGGAAGUUGUUAGAGGCAGAAUGAGUUUUGUCAGAGGGGCAACCUGGACACAGCUCUGUUCUCCCGCUGAGGCAGCCUGAAGCGUCAUCCUCGUUACAUGUGUACAGCCAUGAAGUUUAACCAGUGCGUACUGCAGGACAGCCCUGGGAACCACGAGAACCGAGUCUGGAAAUGGCACAUUCAGGACCCCGCCAGCCAGAGGCUGACGUGGAACAAGCCACCAAAAAGUGUCCUUGUCAUCAAGAAGAUCCGAGAUGCCAGUCUGCUUCAGCCUUUCAAAGAGCUCUGCAUAUUCCUCACCGAGGUGAAAAACCUGAUUGUUUACGUGGAAAAUAAAGUUCUGGAUGACCCAGCUAUUUCAGGCGAUGAAAACUUUGGUGUCAUUACAAAGAAAUUCUGCACUUUCAGAGAAGAUCUUGAUGACAUCUCCAAUCGUGUGGACUUUAUCAUCUGCCUUGGUGGAGAUGGGACUUUGCUGUAUGCAUCUUCACUCUUCCAGGAGAGUGUUCCACCAGUUAUGGCCUUCCACCUGGGUUCCUUGGGCUUUCUGACUCCUUUCAAAUUUGACACCUAUCAGUCUCAGGUCACCCAAAUAAUUGAAGGUAAUGCUGCCAUCGUCCUGCGUAGUCGCUUGAAAGUCCGGGUGCUUAAAGAGAACUGGGAGAAGAAAGCCAGGGUGGAUGAAAAGGGAAUCAUCCUGACCAACGGGGACAUUGAAACUAGCCGCAAAGCCAUGCAGUAUCAGGUGCUGAAUGAGGUGGUGGUGGACAGAGGACCCUCGUCUUAUCUCUCUAACGUUGACCUCUUCCUGGACGGGCAUCUCAUAACGACAGUGCAGGGAGAUGGUGUGAUCGUAUCUACACCUACAGGCAGCACAGCGUAUGCAGUGGCAGCGGGAGCUUCCAUGAUUCACCCCAACGUCCCAGCCAUCAUGAUCACCCCCAUCUGUCCACACUCGCUCUCCUUCAGACCCAUCGUGGUGCCUGCCGGGGUGGAGCUCAAGAUAAUGCUGUCACGUGACGCCAGAAACACAGCCUGGGUGUCGUUUGAUGGAAGAAAGAGACAAGAGAUCUGCCACGGAGACAGUAUUAACAUCACCACUUCCUGCUUCCCCGUUCCUUCCAUCUGUUUCCGGGACCCGGUGAAUGACUGGUUUGAGAGCCUGGCACAGUGUUUACACUGGAACGUGAGGAAGAAGCAGAACUACCUCAGCUCAGAGGACGAAGAGUUUUGAGGCGUUGGCUCCAGCAUCAAGGUCUGAUCAAAGGUCUCCUGGACUCCAAAGUCUUGUUUUUAGUUUGACUGUGCUCUAUGCCAUUUUGGCUUUUAUGGAUAUGGAAGGUCUUACCGAACUCCAUUCAAACAGUCUGUCAGUUAAGUUUCCCUUCGCAGGUAUAAAAAUAAUACCAUGGUGUUAUUUUUAUAUAAUACCAUAGAAAACAACUAUCAGUCCAAACAGCAUUUCUGCUGCUUUUGACUUUCUUCUGUGUCGUAUUAAAGUGGAAUAAAUAUGAGGGAAUAAGAGGCAAGAUAUUCAAUCCUAAUGUUAAGAAAAUAAAGUGAAAAUAAAGUCAAAUAUUUUUUAAAAUGAAUAAUAAUGGAUAUAUUGGAUAAGAUGUGACAGUAAUAUAGUUUUACAUUAGCUCCCAUAGUAUGUGGUCGUUCAGCCAACACUAGCUAGUAAGCUAGCUAGCAGUUAGCUAGCAAAAUAAAUCUGCUGAAAUAUUUGAUGAAUUUUAAUAAUUCAGGGUUAAAGUUAACUGUAAACCCCCCUUUUUCUCUGGCUCAACCCACUGCUCCGCUCAGUGUUACAUUGGUUCUUAGGAGUAUGCAGCAUUAAUUUAAGACUCUGUCAAUUUCCAAAAAUCUCAUGUUUUAUGUCACGCUUAAGGACAUUAAAGUGAUGGAUUUUUGAAUGGAGUUUGGUCCUGCUAUUGGUCCAAGAUCUAUAUACUGUGAAAAUUGCAGUUUGCUGAGAAUUUCUUUUUGCUCAUUUAACCAGAAGGAAAUGGAACACCUGGCUGGAUCUUGGACCAAAAUGCAGACAGGCAGGUUGUGGAUGGCAGGUACUGCAGACCUCGAGAUGGGUGUUAUCUGGUCUGUUUAGCACUUUAAGAGAGGCAGGGACACAUCUAUGACUUUAUACAUAAUGACUUUAAACUAAUUCCUGCAGUUGAGGUGAACCCCAAGUUGCACUUUUUUGGGAAAAACAAAUCUCAAAUGAAACUCCAAUCUAUUAAACUAAUCAGGAAAAACUGAUGUGCAGUAAUGCCAUUAACGAAGGACGUGUAGUUUCACUUAGUUUUUCAGUGGAUCCAGGGGAGGAGCAGGGAAACAGUGCAUGUGCUCUGCAACAGUGACCCAGCUGUACAGACUGUGCCUUAAACACUGGUAUCAUUAUUGUACAGAGAUGUUAUUUUUCAGCGUUUACAUCACGUCUGUCAUUUUUUUGACCACUCAGUUGCACAUAAAUGGGUUUUGUGCAUUUUCGUUGUCCUAAACUAUUGGAAUGUGUAUAACAUCGGUUGAGCAGUGGACUAGGAGCUGGGAGGGGGUAUUCAUUCCAACCAGACACUAUAGUUCAGAUGUCUUCAGUGUCUUUUUAACAUCUAGUUUUAAUAUGUCCUUUAAGCCAUAGAAUUGAAUUUUUAUAUAUAUAUAUAUAUAUAGAUAGAUAGAUAUAUAUAGAUAUGUAUAUUUUAUAGAUCAAUGUCUGUGGGCUGUGGGUGGUUUAAUGCUCUGUGUUGUUGUAUGUGGAGAUAUCAUAGGCUUUCUGUUCUAUCAGUUUGCAAGUCUGCCAUUGUGCAGCUUUUGUGGAGUAUUUAAGGUGGCCUACAUUACGUGUGUUCAGACACAGCGUCCAGAGGCCAACAUGUACACGGUGAAUCAGCUCAACAAAUUGUGUGAAGGUGAAAUGAUGAACAGUGGUGUUACCUGUCUCAAAAAACCCACAGAGCUCUGAAAGGCAAUCAUUCCUUUAUCUUUUGAGUUUGUAUAUAGAUGGAAUAGUUGAAUGAGUUUAAUUUUGUAAAGCCCACGUGUUUAUUAACUGGUUUACAAUGUAUUAUGAUGAAAAUAAAUCUAUUUGGUACUUUUUUAUAUGAAUAAGUUCAACAGUUCUUUUUAUUGAUCAGCAGUUCUGAUUGUCAAGUUCAACUUUUUAACAGGAGUAAUUGGACAAAAUUACAAUGACACACUUAAACUUAAUUCAAAGUGCAUUCCAGGGCAGUCUUAAUGUUUUUAGAAGAAGAUAUUAGCAGGUUUGUGUCAAAUGUUCGUCUGAACUGUUGAAUCUCAGUAAACCCCCAGUUCUACUAAAAGCCCAGGCUGUGACCUCUCUUCUAUGAAGCAGCGUCAUGUCUUAAAGUGCUUUUCACUUUCAAUACUCUGAGAAUAUGUAACUUUUGUAUCACUGAGUUUGUUAAUGUUUCUAAUAUGAAUUCUGAAACGCUUUGGAAAAACACUUCAAUAAAACCGAUGGUUUAACCAGAA